AUGGCUAUCUUUGGCUUGACAGGCGAGACACUCGCCAUUGUCCGCAUUUUCCUCGUGGUCGUCCCUGCAUUCUGGCUCUUUGGAUACAACCAAUCCAACCUUGGCGGCGUGCUGGCCUAUCCUUCGUUCACAAAAUACUUUCCUGAAAUCGACUCUACCAACACUGAGGGUGCCCAGGAAGCCCAGAAUGCCAAGUUGGAAGGGACCGUCGUAGCGGUCUACACCCUCGGCUGCCUCAUCGGCGCUCUUGGCAUUGCCCCGAUCGGAAACCACCUCGGCCGUCGCAAGAGUCUUAUGGUCGCCGCCGUGGUGGCCUCGAUCGGCCUCAUCUUACAAGCGUCAGCCCAUAGCCUUGCCCAGCUGGUGGUGGGCAGAAUAAUUUCCGGCGUCGGCAACGGCGGCGUCAACUCGGUGGUCCCAGUCUGGCAGAGCGAGUGCACUAAGCCAAAGAAUCGAGGAAAGAACGUUGUGGUUGUGGGUAUCUUCAUCACCAGCGGUAUCGCCCUCGGCGGCUGGGUCAACGUUGGCCUGUCGCACGUUCAGGAGCAGGAGAUUGCCUGGAGGCUGCCCCUAGCGCUGCCGCUCAUCUUCACCUCCAUGCUGCUUGCCUUCACUCUGUGCUUCCCUGAGUCGCCCCGAUGGCUCAUCAGCAAGGGCAGGAUUGAAGAGGCACGCCAGAGCAUGAGCGAGCUGAACAGCGGCAAGCACGCCGAGCCCGAGUCGAUCGACGCCGAGAUCAGCCUCGUCCUCAGCGUCGUCCAGCAAGACAGCGCUCAGUCCGAGCUCGGCUUCCGCGACUUCUUCAAGCGUGGGCCUCAGCGCCUCUUCUACCGGCUCUGCCUCGCCAUCGCCGUCAACUUUUGUGCCCAGAUGACAGGGGCCAAUGUAAUUUCAUACUAUGGGACUAGGAUCUUUAAGCAGUCUCUCCACAUGCCCGCCUCCAAAGCCGCCCUGCUCAACGCCGGUGUCCUCACCUGGAAGAUUGUCGCCGCUACCUCGGCAUUCUUGACUGUGGACCGCCUCGGCCGCAAGCCCCUCUUCAUGAUCGCCUGCGGAGGCAUGUCCCUGUCCAUGGCCGGGCUGGCAGGCACCGCCUGGGCCAUCGACAACGCCCACAAGUUCGGGGCGAGCGUGGGAGCCACCUUCUUCCUCUUCCUCUACAUGGCCUUCUUCCCCCUCGGCUUCGUUGGCGCCAACUUCCUGUACAGCGCCGAGAUUGCACCUCAGGGCCUGCGCAUCCACCUCGCCUCUGUCGGCACCGCCACUCACUGGCUGUUCAACUUUGUCAUUGCCGAGAUUACCCCCGUCGCCUUUGUCACCAUCACUUGGCGCUAUUACAUCGUCUAUGCUGUCAUUGGCGCCUUCUCAGUGCCCCUCGUCUACUUCUUGUUCCCCGAGACCAAAGGCUUGUCACUCGAGGAUAUGGACCGCCUCUUCUCGGACCCGGCUCACUUCUGGGAGGUCCCGUCGUACGCCAGGAAGCUCAAAUCAAGCUCGGCGGCUCAGAUCGAGAACGAGGGCAAGGUCGUCGAGACUGUGGAAUAA